AUGGGAGCUGGGCCGUCCCUGGGUAAGUUUCUCAAGAAUAUGGACGAUGACGACCUUGUUGAGCUUGUAGAAAAUGCAUACAAACUAGAACCCCAACGCAUGGAGAAGAUCUUUGCAUUGGUUAAAAUGCGGUACUUUAAAGAAUCAGGCCAGCAACAAGAACCAGGCCAACAUCAAGACUCUCGAGGGGUGGAUGAUGUGGACUCUGACACUUCAUUGACGAUUUCAACCCCAAUGUUGUCACCUACAACUGCAAGUACUCCAUCAUCAGCCACUGCAAUGUUAAGCGAGCUGCUGAAACCGGAUCCAGCACCCGACACUUCGGCUUCGAUCACGACUAUGACCUCAUCUUCUAGUGCCAUUGAUUCAGUGACAACGACAUCGAGCAUAAAUGCAAUGCCUGACGCAAGCAAUGAAUUCUUGGUAUUGACCGAAGUGAGGGACCCGAUGAACGCGCUGUGGAGUUUUAAAGGUCAUCCACUUCGCGAACUGCAGCCGGCUGUCAAGAACCCGCAGAAUACCAGCAAUCGAGCGCUGUUACAUGAAGAAAUGCUUCACGCGGAUCAUUUGGAAAAGAAUGGCGGUGAAAAAGCUGCGGAUUCAUCGACUGGAGCGAUUCUGAUGCCACAGCGCGCAGUGGAUGCAGAUGGAUAUCCUGUAAUUUAUGGCAGCUGUGGUCGUGAUAAACGAUACGGACGCUGCUCUGUGUGCUACUUUCGUGGUCUUCGCUGUAACACAGCUCAUUAUUGCGCCAGCUGCCAACGAUCUGUGUGCAUUCGGCCGCGCAAGUACCCGGGUGAAGAGCACCAUAAAAUAUGCUGGAACGUGCUACAUAUGGACAAGGAUAUGAUUCAGCGCGUGGAAAAGAAGAAAAAGCGUAAGCUGCAAGCUGUGACUGCUGCAGCUACCACGACAGCAUCGGUUGCUGUUCCACAUGUGAAGAAUGUUGAUACCUACAGUAAUGGCGAAGUAGAUACUGGUGAUAGUCAUGGACAAAACGACAGCCUCAGUAAGUCUGUUGUGGACGUGCAUCGAGCGCCAUCAAUUCUAACUGUAGUCGCGGAUGUAAGCGGGGCAGUAAACUUGUGA